AUUUGGAGGACGAUGUAAAGAGACGACGUACUGUAGAGUAGGUAGCCUUGGCUCACGGCCCUCCACGCCAUAUACCCUUCGGGAGGUCUGCGGUAAGGGCUCUAGCCCGGCCGCCACGGCGUUAAAUACAACAACAACAACAACAACACCAACAUGGCAAUGUGUACUGGUCCUGGAUGGCUUGGACGAAGCUCCUUUGGAAGAGGCGGAAUCAGUUCUUGGUCAACUUCAUCGACUUAUGCAACUCAGACGAGUCAAGCUAUGCUGCUCUUCCCGACCCACAUCCAGAUGCAAAUUCGUUGCAGCAUCGUCGAUUGGUAUCACCCAGACUGUGUCAUUCGAAAGUGUCGACAGAUCCGAAGACCUUCGAAGUUACAUAUCGGCCGAGGUCGAAAACUGGAAGCUCAUCAGGCCAAUUUCAAGCAGGCUUGAGCAGCUAGUCAAGCAACAGCUGCUGGUAGGUUCUCAGGGCAUGUUUCUAUGGCUCUCGUUGCAGAUCGAGGCCAUUUGCCCCAAGUACACACAAGAGCUUCGUUCUGAGUCUGGAAUUCUUGAUAUCAUCAACAACCUUCCUCGAAACCUUCCUCAGGCGUUUGAUCAAGCAAUUUUGAGAAUAUCGGACCUGAAAUACGGAUCGCGAAUUUUUCAGCUCGUCGCAUCUGCAGACCCUUGUCUUUCACUGGAUGAACUUCGUGUGGCUCUGAACGUCCAACCUGGGUCCUUGAUGUGGAGUUCUUCGACUCUACACCCCUCCGGGUUAACUUUGGCUUCGAUUUAUGGUGGCAGUCUACUGGAGGUUGAUGAGGAGGACUCAUGCAUCAGGUUCAUUCAUCACAGUGUCCUGUUACACCUCAUUCAAGCCCCCGCGUUGCCUGCAGCUUCUCCUUACCACUUUCGUCUGCAUCAAGCAGAGUUCGAACUCGGGGCCAUCUGCGUCACUUAUCUCAACUAUGGGGUAUUCGAGAAUAGCCUGUCAUCUUCGCCUCCCAAAGAUGUUGCAUGGAAUUUCUCAUUGCUAUCUGCCCAAUGCCACUUCAAUUGACCCGCUGGUUACUCUUACGUUACUCAACAUUCAAUCUCAACUGGGGUUUGUAUCGGGCACUGCAUGGCAUCUAGCCAUUGGUGAUACCACUUGUGCAAUGUCAAUGUGCAUGUCCCUCGGAAGACCAUAUAGCCCUACUCGCAAAGACACUCGCAA